AUGAAACAAACGACGACGAGGACGACCAGCAAGGAAACCAUCAUCGGCCGACUCAGGGGCACCACUCUGCACAUCCCCAACCUCCGGUACCCCCUGCGGCGUUGGCCUGGGCCUAGGAGAAAUGCGCUCUACGAGGACAUGUCCAUGCUCGUGCGGGGCGUCCUCCGCGACGCCGCCAUCGUCGUACCAGCCACCAAGACCCAGAGCGUGUGCGACGACUUCGCGCUCAUGGCAUGCCUCUGGUAUCCGCAGGCAUUGCGUGCCCAGCUCGAGACGCUGGUGAGGGUCCUCGUCUGGGUCUUCUUCUGGGACGACGGCUUCGAGGGCGACGGUCCGCUCGCCGCAGACCUCGACGGUGCUGAGCGCCGGCGGAAGAGCACCCGCAACGUCAUUCGAGCGACGCUAGGGCUGGGUAACCUCGCUCCGGACGACGAGGUCGACUCUCUCAAUGGGCUCCUCUUCGGAUGCAGAGAGCAGUUCGCCGGCAUGUCCCGGCCGUAUCGUGAGCGCCUCUAUCGCAACAUCGACGACUUCAUCAGCAGCUGCGCCGCUGAGCAGCACGUGCGACUCGCGGGGAUUGUUCCCGACUUCAAGGGCUACAUGAAGGUCCGCGUCGGUACCACAGGCGGCACCAUCCUGUGUGCCUUGCUGGAAUACGCCAUGCAGACGGAGUUGGCGGCCGAGUUUAUUGAUUCCGACCACCGCAGGGGGGUCGAGAAGAGUGUCGAGAUCAUGAUCGCCUACAUAAACGACAUCGUCUCGGUCAAGAAGGAGCUGGACGAGGGUGCAGGAUGGACGCCGAAUGUCCUCUACUCCCUCAUGGCAGGCGGCAUGACGGCGGAGGAGGCUGUCGGAUGGGUAUCACGGGAAAUGGGCCACGAACCCCUCCUGCUUGACCUGAGGGCGUUGCUUCUCCGAGUGGAAGUGUCCCGGAGGGAGGCGAGGCGCAGGGAAAGCGUUUGGAAGGCGACCGACGCGGAGCAGUCAUGCCAAAGGUACAUUGACGGAUGCAGGGCCAUCAUCGUCGGCUGGCUCGAGUUCGGCUUGCUCUCAUCCCGCUAUGGCAUGCCAGAGUUUCUGUGUGAAGAUGGCUCCCUCGACGUCGUACUCUGA